CCGACCACAGGGAGCGAGCAGCGUGGGGAUCCCGCGGCGGUCGGGCUCGCGCGGCGCCCUCGCUCCCCCUCCCCUCAGCCCUAGGGCCGCGCGGCCCGCGCCGCUCCGAGAAGAUGGCGCUGCACUUUCAGAAUUUGGCCGAAUUGGAAGCAUUGUGUACUCAUCUCUACGUAGGGACUGAUCUCACAGAAAGAAUAGAGGCUGAGAAAGCACUCUUGGAACUGAUUGACAGCCCAGAAUGUCUCAGCAAGUGUCAACUUUUAUUAGAACAAGGAACAACAUCCUAUGCUCAGCUCCUUGCAGCAACAUGUCUUUCAAAACUUGUUACCCGAAUCAAUCCUUUACCUGUAGAACAGAGGAUAGACAUCAGAAACUACAUUCUGAAUUAUGUGGCAUCGCAACCUAAGCUGGCUCCCUUUGUCAUUCAAGCUCUUAUUCAAGUCAUUGCUAAAAUCACUAAGCUGGGGUGGUUUGAAGUUCAGAAAGACGAGUUUGUUUUCAGAGACAUAAUUGCUGAUGUGAAGAGAUUCCUUCAGGGUACUGUGGAACACUGCAUAAUAGGAGUGAUAAUCCUUUCUGAAUUGACUCAGGAGAUGAACCUGGUUGAUUAUUCCAGACCUUCAGCAAAACAUAGGAAAGUAGCUACCUCAUUCCGUGAUACUUCACUAAAAGACAUCCUAGUGUUAGCAUGUUCACUCCUGAAGCAGGUGUUGGCCAAACCUUUAAAUCUUCAGGAUCAAGAUCAACAGAAUCUGGUGAUGCAAGUCUUAAAACUGGUUCUCAACUGCCUGAGUUUUGACUUCAUUGGAAGUUCAGCAGACGAAUCCGCAGAUGAUCUUUGCACAGUGCAGAUUCCGACAACUUGGAGAACAAUUAUCCUGGAACCAGAAACACUGGAUCUUUUCUUCAAUUUGUAUCACUCGCUCCCACCACUACUGUCUCAGUUAGCACUUUCAUGCUUAGUUCAGUUUGCUUCUACAAGAAGAUCCUUAUUUAGCAGUCCUGAACGUGCCAAAUACCUUGGUAACUUAAUUAGAGGAGUAAAAAGGAUACUUGAAAACCCGCAGGGUUUGUCUGAUCCUGGUAAUUAUCAUGAAUUUUGUCGAUUUUUGGCUCGUUUAAAGACAAACUAUCAGCUGGGAGAAUUAGUUUUGGUGAAGGAGUAUGCUGAAGUUAUUGGAUUGAUUGCUAAUUUUACUAUUACUAGCCUACAGCAUUGGGAGUUUGCCCCCAACAGUGUUCAUUACUUACUAACUCUGUGGCAGAGAAUGGUAGCAUCGGUUCCUUUUGUGAAAUCAGCUGAACCCCACUUGUUAGACACUUAUGCACCUGAAAUCACCAAGGCUUUUAUCACUUCCCGAUUGGAAUCUGUUGCCAUUGUUGUGAGAGAUAACUUAGAUGACCCCCUGGAUGAUACUGCUACCGUGUUCCAGCAGCUGGAGCAGCUGUGCACAGUCAGCAGAUGUGAAUAUGAAAAGACGUGUACUCUUCUUGUGCAGCUGUUUGACCAAAAUGCGCAGAAUUAUCAAAAGCUCCUGCAUUCAGCUUCUGGGCUAGCUGUUGAUAUGGCAAUUCAAGAAGGACGUCUUGCAUGGCUGAUAUACUUAGUUGGCACAGUUGUAGGGGGAAGAUUAACGUAUACCAGUACAGAUGAGCACGAUGCCAUGGAUGGAGAAUUAUCCUGCCGCGUUUUUCAGCUUAUAUCUUUAAUGGAUACCAGAUUGCCUCGCCGCGCCAAUGAAAAAAUUGAGCUUGCAAUUCUCUGGUUUUUGGAUCAGUUUCGUAAAACAUAUGUUGGUGAUCAGCUUCAAAGAACCUCAAAGAAGACUGGCAUCUUCCUGUGAAGGGCUUGUGGCAAACCUAUCCAACUCGGGGUUCUUCCUCCUUGAGAACGGUCUGAUCCAUCAUCACCUGAACCAGGGAUCACAGUCUAAGGGUCCAGGUG